AUUAGCCAGUUUUUCUUUCACUCUAUUCAUUCUUGAUUUGUACGAUCACAUAUCGUUUGUGAUAAAAUGUCUAAGGUGCUGCUUCAUGGAACGCUUCAUGUUACAAUCUUUGAGGUUGAUAAGCUACACGGUGAAGGUGGCGGCCCCAAUGUAUUCGGGAAGCUUAUGGCCAACAUACAGGAGACUGUUGGAUUUGGAGAAGGAACUCCCAAAAUUUAUGCAACAAUCGAUUUAGAAAAAUGCAGAGUUGGACGAACUAGAAUGAUAGAAAAUGAACCACAAAACCCAAGAUGGUAUGAGUCGUUCCACAUCUAUUGUGCUCACUCAGCAUCUGAUGUCAUAUUUACAGUUAAAGAUGAUAACCCAAUUGGUGCGACAUUGCUUGGAAGAGCUUACAUGCCCGUUAGUGAGCUCACAGACGGUGAUGAAGUAGACAAAUGGCUAGAAAUUAUGGAUGAACACAAAAACCCGAUAGCAGCUGGUGCCAAGAUCCAUGUGAAGCUACAAUUCUUUGAUGUGACACGAGAUCGUAACUGGGCUCAUGGAAUUAAAAGUGGAAAAUAUCCUGGAGUUCCCUACACAUUCUUUUCUCAAAGACAAGGAUGCCGUGUUUCACUGUACCAAGAUGCUCAUGUGCCUGACGAUUUCAUUCCUAAAAUAUCACUUGCUGGUGGUAAAUACUAUGAGCCACAUAGAUGUUGGGAAGAUAUAUUUGAGGCAAUCAGUAACGCAAAACACUUUAUCUACAUUACUGGAUGGUCUGUGUACACUGAAAUUGCUUUAAUCCGCGACCCAGAUAGGCAAAAGCCUGGAGGUGACGUCAUGCUUGGUCAGCUGCUAAAAAAGAAAGCAGAUGAAGGUGUUAGGAUAGUUAUGCUCGUUUGGGAUGAUAGAACUUCUGUAGAUGUAUAUAAAAAAGAUGGAUUAAUGGCUACACAUGAUGAAGAAACAGAGAAUUUCUUUUCAGGCACUGAAGUCCAUUGUAAUUUAUGUCCACGAGACCCUGAUGGUGGUGGAAGCGUUAUUCAAAACCUUCAAGUCUCUACUAUGUUUACUCACCACCAGAAAAUUGUAGUGGUUGACCAUGAAAUGCCAAAUGGUGGAUCGAAAAGGAGGGUCGUUAGUUUUGUUGGAGGUAUUGAUUUAUGUGAUGGUCGAUAUGAUUCUGCUUAUCAUCCUCUUUUUAAGACAUUGCACUCUGCUCAUCAUGACGACUUUCACCAACCAAACUACACUGGGGCUUCAAUAGCUAAAGGUGGUCCACGUGAGCCGUGGCACGAUAUUCACUCACGGCUUGAAGGCCCAAUUGCUUGGGAUGUUCUGUUUAAUUUUGAACAAAGAUGGCGAAAACAAGGUGGGAAAGAUGUAUUGGUUAACUUAAGACAACUUGAGGACAUCCUAAUCCCACCAUCUCCUGUCACAUUCCCAGAUGACCAAGAAACAUGGAACGUUCAGCUUUUCCGGUCCAUUGAUGGUGGAGCUGCAUUUGGGUUCCCGGACUCCCCAGAAGAAGCUGCAAAGGCCGGUCUUGUGAGUGGAAAAGAUAACACAAUUGAUCGGAGUAUUCAAGAUGCGUAUAUUCAAGCUAUAAGGAGAGCUAAAAACUUCAUCUAUAUUGAAAAUCAAUAUUUUCUAGGAAGCUCUUUCGCAUGGAAGUCUAAGGAUAUCAAUAUCAAUGAAGUGGGCUGCUUGCACCUUAUUCCAAAAGAACUUUCUUUGAAGAUUGUUAGCAAGAUUGAGGCUGGCCAAAAGUUCAUCGUUUAUAUUCUUGUCCCAAUGUGGCCUGAAGGGAUCCCAGAAAGUGGAUCCGUUCAGGCCAUAUUGGACUGGCAACGAAGAACUAUGGAGAUGAUGUAUAAAGAUAUUGUCAAGGCUCUGCAAAAUAAGGGAGUUGAUGCUGAUCCAAGAGAGUAUCUCACUUUCUUUUGCCUUGGAAACCGAGAGGAUAAUAAAGACGGAGAAUAUCAACCUUCAGAAGCACCUGAACCUGAUUCAGGUUAUCUUCAUGCCCAACAGAACCGGCGCUUCAUGAUCUACGUGCAUUCCAAAAUGAUGAUCGUUGAUGAUGAAUACAUAAUAGUUGGAUCUGCCAACAUCAACCAACGAUCAAUGGAUGGUGGUCGAGAUUCUGAAAUAGCCAUGGGAGCCUACCAACCGUAUCACCUAGCUGGCAGGCAACCCGCCAGGGGUGAGAUUUAUGGGUUCCGUAUGGCUUUAUGGUACGAACACCUUGGCAUGAUAGAUGAGACAUUUGAGCACCCAGAAAACGUUGAAUGCGCUAGAAAGGUGAACGAACUUGCUGACAAAUAUUGGGAAAUGUAUGCAAGUGAAAAUCUAGAACGUGAUUUGCCUGGUCAUUUGCUUCGAUACCCUGUUGGAAUUACUAGCGAAGGUGAUAUCACGACACUGCCAGAAACCGAAUGUUUCCCUGAUACAAGUGCAAAAGUUCUUGGCGCGAAAUCUGAUUACCUUCCUCCUAUUCUUACUACCUAAGAAGAGAGUUUGUUUCAUUUUUUGAACCACCAAUAAGUAGUUUUUGUUAUCAAAUAAUAAGCAAUGUUUGCGUGACUAUAUGCAUUUCUGCAUAGAUGUGUAAUGAGGCUUGUAAGAGGUUUAUUUUUGUCCCCGAAAAUAGUAGGCAAGUUUUUGUACUAAUAACCAUGUUUUGUAUGAACAAUGCAACUUCUUGUUUUAAUCAUUGUCAAGUUGAAAUGAACUAUUUCCAUUUCUUGUUGUAUAAUGGAAC